AUGACACCCAGCUCUACUAGCUCUCUAGCCAACAAACCUGACUCCAACCUCCAGCCCCCUUCUCUUUUAGACUGCUUGACUGAAAUAAAAUCCUGGUUCACCUCAAAUUUUCUUAAACUAAACAGUAAUAAAACAGAGGUUUUCCUCAUUGGUACUAAAUCAACAUUAUCCAAAACCAACAGUUUCUCUAUUGAUAUUGACAAUUGCUCAAUUUUCCCCUCCCCACAGAUUAAGAGUCUGGGUGUCAUCCUCAACAGCACACUAUCGUUUCAAUCUCAUAUCAAUAAUGUCACCCGAUCCACCUAUUCCCACUUACGCAAUAUCAAACGCCUCCGCCCCUCCCUCGCUCCCCAUACCACUUCCAUCCUGGUUCACAGCCUUGUCACCUCCUGCCUUGACUAUUGCAACUCCCUCCUCUUUGGUCUCACCCACAAGUCUCUUCAUAAGCUCCAACUUGUACAGAACUCAGCCGCCCGCAUCAUUACUAGAACCCCUUCUAUCCACAACAUCACUCCUGUCCUGCAACAGCUUCACUGGCUCCCGAUCAAGUUCCGUAUUACCUACAAGAUCCUUCUGCUCACAUUCAAAGCCAUCCACAACUCUGCUCCACCAUACAUCUCAGAUCUUCUUUAUGUCGCUGUUCCCUCCCGCUUUCUCAGAUUGUCCUCCUCCAUUCAUCUGACUGUCCCCUCCGCUCGUCUCGCCACCAUGGGGUACAGAGCUUUCAGUCGCUCAGCUCCCCAGCUCUGGAACUCUCUACCCCCGUCCUGAGGAACAUCAAUUCACUCCCACAAUUCAAGUCUGCACUUAAAACUCAUCUGUUUAAAAUUGCCUUCUCCAUCUGAUAUUUCACUGCUGUAUUUUAACUUGUUCUUAAUGUUUUAA